GGUUCUCCCCUGAUUGUUUUCACGGAUUAACAGAUGUGCUUGGCUUGAAGAAACUGAUUAAUUUCUUGAUGGAAAGAAAAACCCCUUUCCGCUUUUCACUCAUUUUUUUAUCUGUAGGAUUUUCCCUGACAGCUGACCAAAUGUUUGCAAGCAUGAAUAUCAGCACUGUUUCUUUGGCAGAUCAGAGGCAUGAUGGAGAUGUGAAGACAAUCUCAAAUUUUAAAUCAAAACCAACCCCACAGGGCAUCAACUACAAUCUCAUGAAAAAAGGAAAUCUAGAGAGAAAACCUUGGAAGACCUUCAGCCCCAGACAUCUCAUUCCCAUUAAUGUCUCAAUCAAUGGAACUCCUUGCAUUCUUUUCUGGGCUAAGAGAAUAACAAUUAAAUUUAAAAACCAGCCUUUGUUGGACCUCACAGAUAAAACAUUUGGAAAAGAGGCAAGAGUGGAUGUUGGCAAUUCAAACUGCAGUGAAGAACAUGCCAUGCUUUCCCUGAAAUUUGGUGAUAUUGACAAUCUAAAAGGACUUGACAUCAGAUUCAUCUUGGUCAACUAUAAUAGAUUGUCUGUUCAGAGCUGGUUUAGUUUACAUAGAGUUCAGAUUCUUUAUAAUAAUUCAAUCCAAGCAACUUUUAAGGCAACUCGAAUUCAUGCUCCAUCAAAGUACUCCUAUCACUGUCAGCAUGUCAGCAGUAUGCAGAGAUACGACGCGCUUUUGGUGCCCAGCUCCGCAAAUGACAUCUCAAGGCAAUGGGAAGUCACUUUUAUUGAUUUCCAGAUUCAAGGUUUUAAUAUCACAGGCCAGUUUUCUUAUGCCAGAGAUUGCGCCUCGUUCUUCUCCCCGGCCAUUCUGAUGGGCCUGGCUAUGUCCUUGAUCCUGCUGCUGGUGCUGGCUUAUGCCCUACACAUGCUGAUCCACCUGAAGUCCCUCGACAGGCACUAUGACCACAAAGCAUCGCCCCCCUACUUUGUGCCGAUGAAAGACCUCGAGGUGGCUGCCGAAGAGAAGGAGCCAUUGCGGAGCCAUGGGCACGACUGCCAUGAACUGAGAAGCCCACACAUCUGCAACAUUUAUGUAUAGUAGUUCUCCUCUUCCUCCACCUCCUACAGCUUGUGGGCUGGGUUUUUGCUGUUUUGUGUAAUUUUACUUGCAAAUUAGUUAAAGGUUUGCACAGGAUGACAUGAUUUUAAUGGAAAAGAAGAGAAAAGGAAAGGAAAAAAAAAAAAGAAAUUCCUGUUUUUUCUGCUUAGUUAUAAAUGCCCUUUGAUCCUUGAAGGAGGCUUCUUCCAGAAAAGAGAUCACGUAGUCCAAAGCUUGUGUUGAAGCCACAGAAAGUGAGCACACCAUUACCAGUCUAGAAUUAGAAAGGACAUUCGAGUCCAGCCUCUUCAUUUAUAGAUGAGAAAACUGUGCAGAGAUUUGUCCAAUACUGGAUAGCUAUUAAAGGGACUGUUGGAAUUUGAACACAAGUUUUCUGCCUCCAUGUAUUUCCACUAAAUAUAUUUUAAAGAACCUCAAAAAGGUACCAAAAAGGAAGAAGCCAUGUAGAAUGGGGACUGUUCAUGUCUUCUCAACAGUCCAUUUAGCAAAAGCUUUGAAAUCUCCAUCAACAUCUAUAGAGAAGAUGACUUCAGAAUCUAUCAGAGUGUUUUAUUCUGCUUUUCUUGAUCACUUGACAUUGGAUGUGAUAUUCAGGGCCAGCUCUAUAGCAAAAUUAUGAAAUGGGGACAUUUAUUUGACACCUCUAAUGUCUUCCAUAAAGCUCCCUCUCCUCUCUUGCUUCUACCUAUGUCCUACAUGCAGAUCUAUUCUGUGUCCACCUCUUGAUAAUCCUAUCAAUCCAAUCAAUUCUUUCAUAGGAUUUUUUUACAUUUUAAUAAGAAAUUCUUAGAAAACCCCAAAGCCUUCAAAUCUCAUAGAUCAUAUGAAUUAAGCUAUGCUGGUGGGAGCAGGUGGUGGAUUUGAUAUUUCUGAAUAGUGGUCAAAGGCAUUCUUUACCUUUCAUCUCCUCAAACAAGUUGCCUACUCUAAGACUGGACCUGCUGCUGUUUAUCUUGGCUGAGACAUUCUGAGUUCUUGUUAUAUCACUCUAUAAAAAGCUUUCCUUGUUUUUUACAUGUUUCAGACACAGAUGAGGGAAAUUAACCAGUGAUUAUGUAGAAAUGUGGGUUUGAACAUCUCCAAAUCUCCCAUGCAAUUAGUAGGCUUUUUCCUUGCCUAACUGAGCAAGGAGUUUUACAAUACAUGAAUAAGCUUAAUUCAAAACUUCUAGAUGGAUAAAACUAAACUGAUGUAGGACUGUUGUAGAAAGUUUAGGGUCUUGGAUGGGGGGGGGGCAAGAAUUUUCUCUGUGAUGCCAUGAGGGAAUGAAAUAUUAUAAUGUGUGCUCCUGGACUAGAAAGAAUCAUGAAAACUGAAGGAGAUUUUUAUUAAAGAUUACAUCAGAAAGCUAAAGUAUUACUUCAUCUCUCUGGCCAAUUAUAGUUUUUUAAUGUGCAUUUAAAUUUUUUAACCACUCCAUACCUUUUAUGAUAAUUAAAUAUAGUCAAAAUAAACAAAUUUACAUGACAUUGAGGUCCAUAUAACGUAAGUCUCAUUCUGCAUAUUUAUUAUCUCACUGUUAAGAUUUGGUUCUCUGGAAUCAUGGCUGAUCAUUUAAUUAAACAAAGUUCUCCAGUCUUUCAAAAUAGUUCAUUUUCACAAUGUUGAUAUCAUGGUAUAAACUGUUCUCCUGAUUUUGCUCAUCUCAUUCUGUAUCAGUUACUACACAUCUUCCCAGGCUUCUCUGAAAUAGUCUUUUUCAUCAUUUCAAGUAGUAUUCUGUUAUAUUCAUGAAUCAUCAUUUUUUCAGCCAUUCUACAAUUGGUGGACACACCCUCAGUUUCCAAUUCUUUGUCAUUAUAAAAAGAGCUGCUAUAAAUAUUUUUUUGUACAUCUAAAACCUUUUCCUCUUUGACCUCUUUGAGUUAAUAUGCACUUUUAAUUACCUACUUCUUAUAUCCUUUUUCCUGAAUGUGUAUAUUCUUCUCUUGUAAAUAAACCUUUAAAAUGUA